AAGAAGUUUUAUGUAAAAUGUUUUCGAUUUGGAAAUAAAUCAAUCCAAGCCAAUCUUGUAGCAAAAUGCUCUGUGGAAGAACGACAAGAAGGGUGUGCAGUGGGUCAAAUGUCACGAAGGCCAAAUGGCGCUACAAAAAAAACGCGCGAAGUGUAUCAACCACCGAUUCCCUCGCCGAAAAAUUGACAGAGGAGUUCGCUAUCAAUUUGAAACGACAUCUGGAAGAGAAUAGAUACACCAAUGCCGACAAGGCCUUCAAGCUAAUUUUAGAAAAAUUGGAUGCUGACACAAGAGUUGAUGCACUUCAAUACUUUCGAGGUAUUCAUGCCGUCACUGAAGCAUUUACCGAUGUUCCUGGUGCGAACAAACAUGAAAAUCAACGUAUCCUUGCAGCCUUGAAUGAUAUUCUCAGCCAAGCCCAUUCUGAAUGUUCCACUGCCUCCGAGCCUGUUAAAAUUGCCGUGACAGGUGCAUGUGGAAACAUUGGAUAUGCGCUGAUUUUUCGCAUUGCUUCCGGGCAAUUGUUAGGUCCCAAUAUACCCGUACAGCUACACCUCCAUGACGUGCCUGCUGCCGAACAAGCUCUUCUAGGCAUUUCGAUGGAACUGGAAGACUGUGCGUUUCCAUUACUCCGAGGGGUCAAGACCUUCACGAACCCGGAGAGUGCAUUCGAAGACGUCGAUUACGCACUGCUCGCCGGAUCUAAGCCCCGCGGAAAAAGUAUGGAACGUAAGGACCUUCUGCGAGGAAACGCCACCAUUUUCUUAGAACAAGGCAAGGCACUGAAUAAAUCGGCGAAAAAAUCUGUCAAAAUUCUCGUCGUUGGAAAUCCAGCCAAUACGAACUGCCUGGUUCUGAAGAGCAAUGCACCCAACAUUCCUUCAAAAAAUUUCACUUGCAUGACUAGGCUCGAUCACAAUCGAGCUCUGUACCAAAUAGCAAAAAAGGCCCAAGUCAACAUACAUGAUAUUCAGAACAUGGCUGUCUGGGGCAACCACAGCUCAACUCAAUAUCCCAAUAUCAACCAUGUUCUCAUCAAUGGGACACCAGCAACUGAAGUCAUCAAGGAUCCGGACUGGGCAGUCAAAGAAUUUAUCCCCACCAUCCAACAACGAGGUGCAUCUAUAAUCCUCGCUCGGGGCGCAUCUUCCGCCGCCUCUGCAGCCUCUGCUAUAAUCGACCAUAUGCGAAGUUGGGUGUACGGUACGCGUGGAGAAUGGACCUCCAUGGGCGUGAUAUCAAACGGAGAAUAUGGCGUUACUCCCGGGAUAUGCUAUUCAUACCCUGUUGUUGCAUCUGGUGGUCAAUAUGAAAUUGUCAAGGACCUCCAGAUCGAUCCGUUUAGUGCGGAAUGUCUCGAAAAAACUCACAAGGAGCUUUUGGAAGAACGUGACGCUAUUGCCGAUCUUUUAUCUUAGAAGACACACACAUCACUUAACGCCUCUCCUUCUUUGACGCUAAACUAAAAUUUUAAAAAAUUUCAAAUAAACUGCGUAUACAAUAUUGGUGCAUGGUGUCAUUAAACAAAAAA